AUGCAGGAAACAGCAAUCACAGCAUCAUCAUCACUACAAGAUAUAUCUAAUUCUGAAAACACCAAGCUAGAGCAAUUGAUUGAUGUGCCUUUUACAAAGAAAGCAAUUGCUGCAUUGUUAAGGUUAUUCAACUAUUUUGACAUUUACGCCCCAAGAAUACCAGCUGUAUAUGAUAUUAUCACCAUUAUAAGAUUCUUCCAGCUUAUUGGUGGUUCUAUUAUGGCAGCAAACACAGAUUUGUUCAAACCCGGUACUUUAACUUUCAAAGUAAUGUCAGUAAUAUCAGUUCUAUUUCAUGUAGUACCAGUUCAAUACAGAGAUGCAAAUCUUGUUUAUAUUUUAACUGCAAUUGAUGCGAUUCUUAUUGUAUUUGGCUUUUACUUAGUAAUAACAGUAUUCCAGUAUAAAACAACUUCUAAAGUUCCAAGAAUGUCAUUAUUAAUACUAAGCUUCUAUAUCGCAAUCGGUCCUUUUAUCAUUCUGCCACUUGCAGCCCAGUUUGUGGGCCAAAUGAUUUCAAAUGAAAUAGCUACAGCUUCAAAACCAGAUAGUAUUGAACUUAUCCUCGCAAUUGUGACUGUUACACAGUUUGUAUUCUACAUUUGGAUGAUGAUGAAGACCUAUACAACGACCAUCAUUUUCAGAGCUACAAGUUUACAAACAUUAGAAGGAAGUGCUCAAAAUAAAGUGUUUCUUGUCACUCUAUUCAACACUUUAAUCUGUGCCAUAGCUACAGAUAUGGAUAGAAUACCUCAGACAGUUAUAACAGCCAUUUCAAUGCUGAUUUACGUCUUUUCAAUUACUACAGUAUUCAAUUGCGGAACUUUCAUAAGACAUUCCCAUCAAAUAAUGAUUCUUGGAGGAUCAAUUCUUGGAAUUGUCAUAAGUGCCGUUAAUUUCUGUCCAGCUGAGAAACAAAAUCAAUAA